AUGCGAGCACUGGAGAGCACACCGCUCACAGGCGAUGUAGACUGGAAAUCGCCGCUGGGGAGUCGGAGCACCUGGGCUCGUCUCCGCGAGCAAACUCGACAUUGUACGUUCUACAGAACUUACUGCUUCAAGGCGAGUCUAAAGCAGCUUGAAGAGGUUACAGAGGAACACGUUACAUACGUCGGGGACUGUGCCGCACUGCCGCCCUCACCGUUUCUUUGCGUUCUACUGGCCUAUGAUUGUUGCAGCCCUUCGCGUGAAGAGGUUGCUGCGCACCUUGAUUGUUCCAAGAAUGUAUAUUGGCGGGCAAUUGUGGCGACUUGGAUUCGUUGGAAAGAAUCGCGAGCCGAGCAGGUUUACCAGCUCCUUGACCCGCUUUACAGGGACUACCGGCCUAUCAAGGUUCGCCAAAAAGACAACUCGUAUCACAACUCGUAUUUGGAUGUAUUCAUUGAUCAGUUGUUACGAUAUCGAUGUGCCCUGGUUUCUCUAGAAGAACCAUUCGUUCUGGACGUUAUCCCCUUUCCGCACCUGCCACCGCGAUACGAGCUGGAGGCCCGCGGUGUCCUGCCUCAGCGGGAAUACGCCGCCCCGGCGGACGACGAUGACGACGACGACGCAGUGUCCAGACCAAGACUACAGCAGUAG